AUGAAAAGGGGCAAGCAAUGUUUCAUACGUUUCAACAAUGGUGAAACAUCAGAACAAACUGACAACAAAGUAAUUGAAGAACUGUCACAAGUGAAACUCCAGGAGCUGCUACUGUUUGAUUUCGAAAAGCUUGCAACAGCCACAAACAACUUCCACCCGUCCAACAAACUUGGGCAGGGCGGUUUUGGUCCUGUGUACAAAGGGAAACUGGAAGAUGGACAGGAAAUAGCUGUUAAAAGACUUUCUAGAGCCUCUGGACAAGGUCUAGAAGAAUUCAUGAACGAAGUAGUCGUGAUUUCCAAGCUUCAGCACCGCAAUCUUGUAAGACUUCUUGGCUGCUGUAUUGAAGGUGACGAAAAGAUGCUACUAUAUGAAUACAUGCCAAACAAAAGUCUGGACGUGUUUAUCUUUGGUUAG